GGUCAAGGCUUGAGGUCACCAGAGGUCACCAGUCACUGCAACGUCGGAACCAGACCAGAGCGGCAUGAGAUGCAAUGUCUUAGCCCGGGAAAUCUGAACUUCAUGACCGGCACGUUAACCACGGGAUUUUCUAAAGUGUUGCUUGAUGUCCGAGUGUCGAGACGUUAGCUCGCCUUGCAACUCUCACCACUGACAUUACCGGUGUGAAGCGAAAUGCGCGCGGAGGAAGGAUUCCAGCCUACACCUUAUGUCGAGGGAAAUCCUUUUACAGCUGAUACCGUCCUUCCUAGUCUCCUGAAACGACUUGUACCUCCGAGUGUGCUCAGCGAAGUCGACGAGGAUCUCCAGCGAUUUGGAGAUGUAGUCCUCACUAAGUUGCGACCCUUGAGUGCUCGUGCGGAACCUGCCCGACUUGUACAAUACAACCAAUGGGGCCAACGAGUUGAUGACCUCCAAACAUCCGAGGGCUGGAGAGGUCUCAAAGCUGCUCUGCAAGAAGAGGGCAUGAUUGGGAUAUUCUAUGAACGGAAGUAUAAGGAAUAUAGCCGUGUGUAUGGGUUCGCCAAGAUAUUAUUGGCGGUAGGCGACACACAAGUUAUGUUCUGUCCACUUAGUAUGACGGAUGGUUGCUCGAGGGUACUCGAGUUGAUGGGGACCCCUGAGCUUAAACGCGAUGUUAUUCCUCGUCUGACCAGUCGCGACCCCAACAUUGCUUUCACAGCAGGACAAUGGAUGACCGAGCGACCCGGGGGUUCAGAUGUCUCACAAACCGAGACCAUUGCAACACCAAUUCCUAACAUUACAAGCCCCUACGGACCAACCUACACCAUCAACGGCUUCAAAUGGUUCUCGAGCGCCACAGAUAGCGAUGUUGCCCUAGCCCUUGCACGUACAGGUCCUGUAUCCGCUGGUUCACGCGGUCUUUCACUGUUCCUGAUCCCACUUCGUCGACCACUCUUUCGAGGCCCCGAGGAAUCCGCCCCUCCUGCGCUGACGAAUAACAUUCGCAUUCACAGGUUGAAGAACAAGAUUGGAACGAAGGUCUUGCCUACAGCUGAAUUGGAGUUGAAUGGAUCUGAGGCAUACCUGAUUGGUCCGUUGAACCAGGGUGUCAAAAGCAUUACUCCUGUCCUGAACAUCACUCGGAUGUAUUCUGCUAUCAGCUCAGUGGGGUAUAUCCGUAAAGCCCUUACCAUUGCGACAGCCUACAGCAAGGCUCGUACAGUUUCAUCCGGUGAACAGCUCCUCAAAGACAAUCCUCUUCACGUUUCUGUCCUAGCCAAAGUGAAUCUGCUAUAUCGUGCGUUGACGCACUUUACGUUCAGUGCAGUAGCUUUGUUAGGAAAAGUCGAAUGUGGGGUUGCGAGCGAAGAAGAAGAGUUGAGAUUGAGAAUGCUGACCCCUGCUGCGAAAGCUUUUGCUGCGCAUUAUAGUAGUAUAGCCAUGGAGGAAUGCAUGGCUGCACUCGGUGGAAUGGGCUAUAUGGAAGAGACUGGAAUUGGGAGAUUGAUCGACGAUGGUCUGGUCGAGAAAGUCUGGGAAGGAACUGUCUCCGUCCUCUCGCUGGAUAUUGUCAGAGCUACGUCGAAACGCGGUGUAGUCGAAGCAUUCUUGAAGUGGGCGAACGGCGUGCUGUCCGCAUGCCCACCACCUCUUCAAACGAAACUUUCCUCACCAAUCUCAGUAAUCCGGGAAUCUCUUCCCUUGAUUUCAGCUGCCUACAAAGCUCCCGUCUCGCCUCUCGCAACCCGUCCAGCACUUUUCCUCUUCUCCCAUGCAACGUCGAGUCUCAACCUCCUGGAGCACGCUACAUGGUCCUUCGCCACUCAGUCAACUUCAGUUGAAGUAGAUAUCGAGGUCUUCCGAAGGUGGGUGGAGGAAGGUGCAUGGGGUGGUGGACUUGCGACAGCUGCAGAAGAGCUAAAGAGAGGGUUGGAAGCAACUAUUGAAAGAGUCGCUGCAGAUUCGAAGAUUGUUUAUGGAACAGAGGAUGAGGCGAAGGAUGCUGUUGUAGAGCUUGCAAGAGCCCAUUUGUAAGGUAAGGACAUUGGUCUAAUUGGAGGAACCUUUACAUGGAUUAUGUGCACAUGCACAUUUGUUGUACACCUUAUGUAUGAUCGUGGAGGCUGUAAUAUGUGACACAAACACGUUGGAAUGGAUACAAAUAUGAACUUGUUGCUGUUAUAC